CCUGCAUGUGCCCCAGCGUGGACUGUUGCAUUUCUCCAUUUCUCAAGCACAGUGACUGAUGGGGUCACAGAUGGACCUUUGUCACGGCCCCAAGGCACAGCCCCUCCCUCCUGCCUCUCUGCCUGCUUUUCCUUCCCUGUUCCCAGCACAGCUCUUUUGGGCUACCCCGUAGAGACAGAACCGAGAUUCUUCCAGUACGAAUUCUGCUUUCAGGGCUGAGGGCAGCAGGAGCAGCUGGGGAGGGUGGCUCGGGGCAGCAGACCGGCAGAGAGGAGGUUUGCUGCCUUCAUAGUCACACACGGUCAGGUAGCCCAUGGAUGGAAGAAAGGAUGGAUAGCGCCACAGUCACUGGAAAAAUCAACAACGGAUAAUAAUAGCAAUCUUGCUUCACACAGCUCUGCCGGGGGACAGAAAGAGCCAGCUCUCUGAGCUCCAGCAGUGAGCACUUACUAACUUUAGUCUCCUUAAUUAUAUCCUAGAAUCUCUUGAAAGAAAUGCCACUCUGGUAUCUCCAAAUUAGGAAUUCUGUGAUUUUGUCUAAAACACCCCCAUGUGUCUGGUCGGGCUGAAGUGAUUCUUGGUGCUUUGGGGGCUCAUGAAGUGGCUUUAGAGCCAGGGUUCUGGUGGGGGCUCCCGGGAGCUGUGGGCAUGUGUGGGACAUGGGCUCAGAUCCUGGCGUCUGGGCCCCGCGUGACUGCGAACCCACUGUCCCUGCAGGAGACCCUCUGCAGUGCGGAGCCUGGGUUGGGCAGUGUGCUCUUUACAUCGUGAUCAUGAUUUUUGAAAAGUCUGUCGUCUUCAUCGUCCUCCUCAUACUUCAAUGGAAAAAGGUGGCCCUAUUGAAUCCCAUUGAAAACCCAGACCUGAAACUGGCCAUCGUCAUGCUGAUCGUCCCCUUCUUUGUCAAUGCUUUGAUGUUUUGGGUAGUGGACAAUUUCCUCAUGAGAAAGGGGAGGACGAAAGCUAAACUAGAAGAAAGGGGAGCCAACCAGGACUCGAGGAAUGGGAGCAAGGUCCGCUACCGAAGGGCUGCGUCCCACGAGGAGUCAGAGUCUGAGAUCCUGAUCUCCGCCGACGACGAGAUGGAGGAGUCUGACGUGGAGGAGGACCUGUGCCGACUGACCCCCCUGAAGCCUGCGAAGAAAAAGAAGCACCGCUUCGGGCUGCCUGCUGGUGCUCAGGAGGCGCCCAUCAAGAAGAAGUGCCCCCCGGUGAAGGAGGAAGAUCUGAAGGGGGCCCGGGGGAACCUAGCCAAGAACCAGGAGAUCAAGUCCAAGACCUACCAGGUCAUGCGGGAGUGUGAACGAGCUGGCUCCACCGCCCCAUCUGUGUUCAGCAGCAACCGGACCGGCACUGAGACCGUCUUCGAGAAGCCCAAAGCCGGACCUGCCAAGAGCAUCUUUGGCUAAGACGUGCGCCCCAUUCCCCUUGCCGCUGCCAACUCCCAGACGCAGGAGCCUUUCCCAAAAACUCUUUUAUGCCAGAAUGCACCUUCUUACCUGCUGCCUGUGCGACAGCCACCCACCCCUCACAGCCCUGGCCCCUCGGCCCAGGGACUCUGCACCAGCACCCAGGGAACACCAAUAAAGAGCAUGCCCACGUGGCCCCAGCA